GCCUCAGUCUCGCGCCGAUUCCGAAGCGAUUCGGAAGCGUUUUUACCACGUCCCAGCCAAAAAGAAUAUACACAAAAAUUAAUACUUGGUCGGUAUAUACAGAUGCUUUUUUGGUUCUUGGUCGCAGCGCGUGUUACAAUUCAAAAGUCUAUCUCGGAAACAUUCUCGGAAAUUAUAAAUAAACCAUAAUUUUUUCGCGGAAAAAAUUAAAAGCCAUCUGUGUUAUUUUUGUUUCUAAUGUUUUGCGUGUGAAAACACCAAAAAAUAGCAAAGGAAAAACACACACAGUGUUUGAAUUAUACAAUUUUACGAUCGCACAAUAUUCUUUCACCAUCAAGUGCGGGCUGUUCCUCAUCGAGCUGGAAAUAAGUAAAUAAUGUGCCAAGCAAGCCAGCAAAGCUUAUAAACUUCAAUAAAGCGACCAAAUAAAUAUUCGGGUUUGUAAACAAGCGAAAUAAUUCAAAUAAUCACAACAUGGAUAGCAGCAAAUUGUUGAAAAACGUCUACGGCAUCGAUAUUCACUUCGAAGAUCUUGUUUACCAAGUUAACGCGCCCAAAAAUGAGAAAAAAAAGGUGCUGAAGGGUAUAACAGGAACCUUCAAAUCCGGUGAACUCACCGCCAUAAUGGGCCCUUCGGGGGCCGGCAAAUCUAGUCUGAUGAACAUCCUCACGGGCCUCACGAAGAGUGGAGUUAGUGGAAAAAUAGAAAUCGGAAAGGCCCGAAAACUGUGCGGAUAUAUUAUGCAGGACGAUCACUUUUUCCCUUAUUUCACCGUAGAGGAGACGAUGCUUAUGGCGGCAACACUUAAAAUAUCGAACAAAUGUGUCAGCCUGAAGGAUAAACGCAGUCUUAUCGACUACCUCCUGAACUCCCUGAAGCUAACAAAGGCGCGGCAGACAAAGUGCUCCAACCUGAGUGGCGGCCAGAAGAAGCGCCUGUCCAUCGCCCUGGAGUUGAUAGACAAUCCAGCAGUGCUAUUUUUAGAUGAGCCCACAACAGGCCUGGACAGCUCCUCCUCCUUCGACACCAUCCAGCUGCUCCGUGGCCUGGCUAAUGAGGGGCGUACGAUUGUGUGCACCAUCCACCAACCGUCGACCAACAUCUACAAUCUCUUCAACCUCAUCUACGUGUUGAGUGCCGGUCAAUGCACCUACCAGGGCACGCCCCAGAACACAGUCAGGUUUCUCAGUGGCAUCGGCAUGGAGUGCCCUCCGUACCACAAUCCUGCCGACUUCCUUCUGGAAUGCGUUAACGGUGACUAUGGUGACCACACGGAAGCCUUGGCGGAAAGUGCCAAGGACACUCGGUGGCGAUAUGACCAACAAUUAAUGCAGGAUGAGGAUACUGAAAUGCCAAGCGAGUCCCAAGUGGCCAAGUUCAACGAGUCCCAGUCACCGGGACAGGAUCAGAGCCAGGUGCAGAAGGUCGAGAUCCAGAAAAUCGAAUCAUCCAAAGAGCUCACUAGGCACACGUAUCCUCCAACGGAAUAUAUGCGACUUUGGUUACUGAUCGGUCGAUGUCAUUUGCAAUUCUUCCGGGAUUGGACUCUAACCUAUCUUAAACUUGGCAUUCACAUUACCUGCGCUAUUCUAAUUGGCCUUUUUUUCGGCGAUUCUGGCAGCAAUGCCAGUAAACAAAUCUCCAACGUGGGCAUGAUUAUGAUCCAUUGUGUUUAUCUUUGGUAUACCACCAUAAUGCCUGGAAUUUUGCGGUAUCCUUCCGAAAUCGAAAUUAUCAAAAAAGAAACGUUUAAUAAUUGGUACAAGCUUCGAACUUACUACAUUGCCACAAUUAUUACCGCCACGCCAGUUCAUAUCAUAUUUUCAACGGUCUAUAUUACAAUUGGCUAUUUGUUGACCGAACAACCAGUGGAAAUGGACCGAUUUGUGAAAUACUUGCUAACUGCUGUUGUUGUAACCUUUUGUGCAGAUGGUCUAGGAGUAUUUCUCGGCACCGUACUAAACCCGGUGAAUGGGACAUUCAUUGGUGCUGUUUCGACCUGUUUUAUGCUUAUGUUCUCCGGAUUCCUCAUUUUAUUGAAUCACAUUCCGGCCGCCAUGCGUUUUAUCUCAUAUCUUUCUCCAAUGCGAUAUGCCCUGGAAAAUAUGGUAGUUUCUUUAUAUGGAAAUAAUCGGGGGCAAUUGAACUGCCCCGACUCAGAAUUCUACUGCCACUUUAAAUACGCGGUAACCGUUUUGCAACAAUUUGGAAUGGAGCAGGGACACUACGGCUAUAAUAUCAUGAUGAUUUUAGGCCAAAUCACGCUGUUCAAGGUUUUGGCUUACUUUACUCUCAAACGCAAGAUCAAGUCAAACUGAUCCCAAUCCAUUAUGGCGAGUGUAUAUGUGCUUUGAGUAUUGGGCUUAAUUUGAAUCGAAUGUGAUUUUUCGUUACUUAUCGCUUAGUGGCAUAAUCCCAAGCUUUUUAUAGCGGCGUGUGAUACUUUAAAACUGCAACGAAACCAUAGCCAAGCUGAAAGCUUAAUGUUGCUACAACCACUAAACAUAGAUUUUUCUACUGUUUUCAUUCGGAUUUAUGUGCAAACUAUUAUUUACGUGUAAUUAAUUUUUUAGUUAACCUAAUUGUAAGCGAGUCUCAAGCGAUGAAAUAAAAUUGAAAUAAAAGUUUUCAAGUGUCAUUUUAUUGAAAGUUAA